GAAAAUUUGAAAUCACAAAGUAAUAUUCUUCAAAAGAUUGCAAAGUAGAUUCUCUGUUAUCUUGAUCUUCUUUGCUUCCUUAUAACUCUAUUGAAAAGUUGAAAACAAUCUAACAGUGCAGUGCAUUUGGAUAUGCAGGCAUUCAAGAAAAUCUGCCUCCUGCAUCCUGUCCUUCUAGUUCUCCAUUUCUGGUUAACAACUUCAAUUUCUCAAAAUGCUUCAACAAUUAUUUGUGACAAACUCAACACUCAAACACCUAUUUCGAAGCCAAAUUCAACCGCGUUUUCUCGGCUAAACCGCAUUUUUGUUUGCAAAUCUCAAAAACUAUACCAUAGUGAUAGAACCUCUAUUAACCUGUUCCCAAUUUCCUACACUAACUACAAAUGUAAAAGUCUGAUCAUCUCCAACCCUUCUUGUUCAUCUCCACUACAAUAUGCUCAUCCUAAACUUCGAUCGCCUAGGUUUCGUCCUCCCAGACAGUCCAACUCACUUUUACUCUACAACUGCUCAAACAAAAACCUUGCUCCAUCAAUACAUUUUCAAAAUGUCACCUGCCUGCCUGCAUCUGGAGCUUCUUCAAAGAUUCAAGAACCCAAACUUGAUGGGCUUACAUUGUCCUCUUGCAUACUAUUUCAUGAUCGGACAAAGCUAGACAUGGGUUUUCAUCCAAGAGAUCUGAAUUGCUCAUGUUACAGCAGGGUGUAUGAAACACCUUCACAUGGAAACAAUGAAGGAUAUGGGUUGAAGACAAGGAUGUCUUUCGACAUCCCUGACCACGUUCCUAAUAUCUGCGACGAGUGUCAAAAGCCUAAUGGAAAUUGUGGUGCUGGGUUGAGGUGCGUAUGCCACCCAAAAGAGUGCAAAAAUAAAGUGAUUUCAAAGGGUGGAUCCAUCCUCUUCUCUUUGCUUACUCUAGUAGUAGUGAUGGCUUUGGAUCACUGAAGCAAGAAAGUUAAGUCCCUAUGUAUUGGUCUUUUUUUUUUUUCCUUUACUGUGUAGCCGACAUUCAAAUGGGGGUAAGGCUAGCCGACAUUCACCUCUCCCAGACCCUGCAUAAAGCGGGAGUCUUGUGCAUUGGGUACGACCUUUUUUACUGUGUAGCUGUAAAAAAGAAAUCAAAAGCAAAUUUUGGUAGUUGUUCCCAUUUCUCUUCAUCUGUCUGUCCAGUAAAGAUUCGUAGGCUCCAUUUGGAUGGAGAAAUUUGAAUGAAAGGAUUUGGAUGUGAAAA